GAGGGCCGCGCGUGUGGGUCGUGUGUACUAGUGGUCCGCGUUCCGCCGUGACUCUCCCGCGGUAGACUCGCGCUCUGUGUAAACCAUCUCACUAACCCACAUUAUCAACCACAUUGAAAACUCGUGACAAUUUUCAGCCAAUGAAAUAAAUUAUAUAAAUAAUAACGAUAAUAUAUGAAUUAAAAGAGUACUUUCAGAACUUUGUACUUUCAGAACUUUGUGAAAUGAUCGACAGUCAAACUUCACGUUCGUCAAUAUUUUGGACGGUUGCAUGUUGCUGUCUGUGCUCUCACAAGCUGUGUGCCAUAGAAAAGCUGUGUCACUGACAUCUGCAAGCCGAGAGCCAGAGAGAAGCCAGCAAUGCCAAUAAUGAGUGCCAGAGAAAUAUAGAAAGUAUAAGUAUUCAAUUCAAAUGAUAUAUCUUAAGCCAAUAUCCAUUUUUUUAAAUGUAGAUAUCUGUUAAAUAUAUAUAAAUAACAUAUAUAACAGUGUCGAUAGGCUCUGAGACUGGGCGACUGAGGUAAAUGUGAACUUAAGUUCCUAAAGGAGGUGGGUGAGGAACUCUUUAGGCUAACUAGAAACUCAAGAUCGGCCAAUUUCCCAUUCCAGCGCCUCAGUGUCGCGGUCCAGAAAGGAAAUGAUUGCUGUAUCAUGGGAACGCACCUAACCUCCAAAGAGCUUAAUGAGGUCUUUGAGCAUUGACUGUUAUAUAUAUGUGUGUGCAUGUUUUCUGUAAAUAACAGAGUAAAAUAGAAGAUAAUAUCUGUUAACGAGAAUAUUUCUUUGUAUCCUCAGAGCAAAGAUUACACUAAUGAAAAGGAAAUUAAACUAUCACCAUAAUUUGCGUUAAUUUGCUAAACUGCACUGGACAAUUAUGAGACAAAAUAAGUUUGAAAAACAAUUGAAAAAAUUUAAUCUAUAUUUGAGACAAAAAUCAUCAAGCCUCGUGCUAUGUUCAGCGAAGACAAUGAAUGUUUUAAUCUUAAGUAAAAUAUAUACAAACGCUUUGACAUAUCAAGAAAAUCUUUCUGGUACACAUAUGAAUGAAUCAUUGAAUAAAAAACACAAAAACUAACAAAAUCCUUAUACGAAAUACCAAGUGGGGCAAUAAUUGGCAAAAAGAACAGAAGUGAUAUAGCAAUAAAAAUGGUUCUGGAACACAAUUUAAGGAAUAUUGCAUAUAAAGAGACCAAAGCAAGGAGAAAACCUUUGUUCAAAAACCUAACAAGUUGUGAAAAUUCGUGAAAGGGGAAAACAAUUACUGACACAAUACAUAUAGACGAGAGUGCUUUGGAGCGCAUGUUAAGGAUUGCAGUAUUGAAGGAGGAUAUAAUCUGAAUACCUCCAAGUGCUCUGUUGUGACUGAGUACCUAGAGGUAUUAGUGACCACAGUAGCUACAGAUACUAGAGAGACUUGAGUACCUAGUGAUAAUAGUGUUACCGCAGUAACUAGAGGUGCUACUAUGAUCACAGUAACUAGAGAUACUAGUAUAACCUGAGUACCUACUGAGGUUAGUGUAACCACAGUAGAGGUGCUAGUGUAAGCAGUGUACCUAGUGUGACAGCCAGUGAGGUAUAGCUUGGUGCGAGAUGGGCAGGGUGCUCAGCUCCAGCUCCUGUCCCCAGCUCUUCUGGCUCCUCCUCUCCUGCUCCACCUGCUGUCUCGGAACUGGUCCUGGGGGCAAGUGGAAGACUCAACAACCGGAGUUUGGACCGACAGAAAGCACGGUGACAGUGCAGGAGGGCCAAACCGCCAGCCUUCCUUGUGUUGUACUCCACCUGAACGACAGGGCGGUGACGUGGUUGAGGCGACGAGACCUUCACAUCCUGACUACUGGCCACCACACAUACUCGGCUGACGACAGGUUCCAGGUGGUCCACAGUCCCGGCAGCGACCAGUGGACCCUGGUAGUGACAUCAGCCCAGCUUAGGGACUCUGGUAUCUACGAGUGCCAGGUCAACACUGAUCCCAAACUCUCCAGACCCGUCACUCUCAACGUCUAUGACUCGACGCAGCCGAUAAGUGUGAGCAAGAGUAAGGUCUUCGUGGCUAACAACACAGCUUCCACCAGGGACGGUCACCUUCGGGUAGAAAUCCUGGGACCACGAGAGUUGAACAUCGAGGAAGGGUCUUCUCUCACUAUCAGCUGUCUUGUUACAUCAACCUACGGUCCGUCUACGCUGGUCUACUGGUACCACGACACACGCAUGAUAGACUAUGCCUCUGCCAGGGGCGGUAUCAAGCUUAAGAUUGACCACGACACAGGAGAGACCACAGCCAGGUUGGUGGUUGAGAAGGUGGGAGCUGAGGAUUCUGGGAUGUACUCUUGUGUUCCUGCCGGCUCUCACCCAGCCUCCGUUCGAGUCCAGGUCCACCAAGGAAAUCAAGAGGCAGCGAUUCAGCAAGCUGGGAUGAACGAGACGAGCUCCUCCUCGACGCUUGCUCCUCUCUCCCUUCUAUCUCACCUCCUUCUCCUCCUCCUUCUCCUUCUCUACCUCCCUCAAGCCUUCUUCUGUCUCCACACUUUUCACUCCUGCAUGCCUGUCAUUUCCUGCCUGCUCCUGUGUUGGUUUGUUUCACAAGCUAACCUUUCUCUCCUUCACUGUUUUAUUUAUAUUUACAACUUUCUUCUGAUUUACUCUAAUUCCCACGUUAUUCACCUUCUUCACACUCGUGCCUCUCAGUGGCUUAUGAUGCUCACGGGCAGUUUACUGGUUCCUUUAUACCAUUUAUCUCUCCCUCCGUGUCUUAUAUUCAGUGUCUGUACAACAUAUCUUGUGUCUUCAAGCUUAACUAGCCUCUUAUCUAUUUGUAUUUCUCCUCAACUGGUCGUUUGUUGUGGUACGAUCGUUUAUACUUGCCUCAGUCUCAAAGUACAGUUUCCUUUCUCUAAUUCUCAGACGCUCCGUUCUGCUUGUCGCAGCUCUAUAGUUAUUUCCCUAUUUCUAUCAUUUCCCCUCAUGGUCCCUCUAUACACGUCUCGUGUGCUCAUGUGUGCCUCUAAUGUUGUAUUGCAAUCUACCUCUUCUCUCACUCUCUCCCGCAUCCCGACACUCAGUCGAUUCACUUCCUUUCUGGCGCGAUCCUUUGCGUCUGAGACUUUUCCUCAACCUAGUCACUUGUCCCAACACUCCUGUAAUAUCAAGUGACCUAGAGUGGAGAUAUUAGAGGUCAGAAGUCUUGACAUAUAGAGACUCACCCGUCAAUAUAGAUGCGAAGAUGUCAACGUACAUUCGAAGAUGUCAAUACAGAAGCUAAUACGUCAACAUAGACGUCAGGAUGUCCAUAUAGAGACCUAGAUGUCACAAUGAGUGCGUUGCGUAUUAACUAGUCCUGUGUAAUUUCAGUGACAUAGAUGUUCAAGGUGGAGUGGAGCAACAGCGAACUUAUGAAGAUGUCAAAGUUUCUCGAACCAUAACUGUGUACAUGAUGCCAGAGUAAUAAAACUGCACUUUGUCUUCGAAUUAUGUAAACGAGGAAAAGGAAUUAUAGUGUUUCAAGUAUAUUCAUGUUUUCCUCAUAUAACAUCAGAACAAGUUAGCAAAUUGUUAAGCUCUGUCAGGAUAAUUAGCGAAUCAUAAUUUAGAUUUAUCUUUGGCAUUCUGUUUCAUAUAAAUUUUGCACUGCAACUACAUGAAAAGAAGAGCAAUGAUAUGCGCCCUUUGCACUUAGGCCAAUGCUUUUUAAAAAAAAGUAGAAUCAUACUGGCUUAUGACCUAUUUUAGAAAUGCCACAGAAAAGUGUUUAAAUUAAUAAGAACGAGUUUCUUGUAAGGUUCUAGGCCUUAUAUUUGAACAGAAAAAUGUUUUUCCAACAGAAAAAUUACCUGAGAGACAAUAAAAAUGUCACAUCACAUUACAUACAGAAACUAGGCUAAAAUAGCGACGGUUGGGAACCGAGGAGAAGAACGCCAAAAUAUAUAGAAAAGAGAAACUCGAGAAUAAUGGAAAAAUAAUGGAAAUUGAUGCAGAGAUACAACCGUAGUGAAAUCAGCCGUAAUAGUAACGAGGCAGGGGACAUUGUCAUCGGGAGGCAGGGGGAGAAAAGACGAGCCCUGGGAAGAAAAGGGAAGCAACAACGACUGGAGGCUAAUGGCGUUGACUAAUAUCAUCACUCACUGUUGAAGACACUUCCAGGCCCCAGUAAUGACAUCUUGGUCCUCUGAUGAUCCUUCUCGCUCGCCUAUUGCUCGCUCUCUCUCUCUCCCUCUCUCUCUCUCUCCUCUCUCUCUCUCUCUCUCUCU